AUCUUCUUGCUAUCGAGUCCUCCUCCCAGCCAUUUAACACUUUACAAUUCCAUUGUUCUUUGUCCCUGAUUUUCUCAUUUUGACUCGCUCUUAUAAGAAACGAGGACAAGAUUCUAUGGCCGACAGACACAGCAGCAGCGCCUAUACGAUUGAGGAAGCAAACACAAGGUGCAUAGGUGAUGGAGAUGAGAACAUCAUACUGAACCCUCAAUUCGACGAUGGCCUGAACAAUUGGUCUGGAAGGGGAUGCAAGAUUGCUCUACAUGAUUCAAUGGGAGAUGGAAAAAUACUCCCACUGAGUGGCAAAUCCUUUGCUUCUGCAACCGAACGCACUCAAAACUGGAAUGGAAUUCAGCAGGAGAUCACUGGCAGGGUGCAAAGAAAGCUUGCUUAUGAGGUCACCGCAGUUGUGAGGAUUUUCGGGAAUGCUGCUACUGCUGAUGUGCGAGUAACUCUAUGGGUUCAACCAGCAAAUGGCCGCGAACAAUACAUAGGAAUUGCUAAGUCGCAAGUGACCGAUAAGGAUUGGAUGCAGUUGCAAGGGAAGUUUCUUCUGAAUGGUGUUGCUUCAAAAGCUGUCAUAUUUAUAGAAGGGCCGCCUGCUGGCACGGAUAUUCUUCUCGACAGUUUAGUAGUUAAACAUGCAGAAAAGCUCCCACCAUCAACUCCACCUGAUUUUGAGAAUGUUGUCUAUGGAGUCAACAUAAUCGACAACAGCAAUCUCAGUGAUGGCCUAAAUGGGUGGUUUCCUUUUGGUUCAUGCACUCUAAACAUCGCUAAUGGCUCACCUCAUGUGUUUCCUCCAAUGGCAAAGGACUCUCUUGGACCACAGGAACCUUUAAGUGGUCGCUAUAUUCUUGUAACAAAUCGCACGCAGACCUGGAUGGGCCCUGCUCAAACAAUCACUGACAAGCUGGAGUUGUAUCUGACAUACCAAGUAUCAGCUUGGGUCCGAGUUGGUUCUCAAAGAAAUGGUCCUCAGGAUAUCAGUGUUGCUCUAGGUAUAGAUAGCAAUUGGGUCAAUGGAGGCCAGGUUAAAGCUUAUGAUGAUAGAUGGUACGAAAUUGGGGGAUCAUUUAGGAUUGAAAAGAAACCUUCCAGAGUCAUAGUUUAUGUUCAGGGUCCCUCAUCAGGAGUCGAUCUCAUGGUUGCAGGGCUUCAGAUAUUUCCUGUUGACAGGAAAGCAAGAUUUAAGCAUUUAAAGAAACAGACAGAAGUGGUACGAAAGCGAGAUGUUGUAGUAAAAGUUUCAGGAUCAGAUACUGACAUUCCAUGGGGAGCAUUUGUGAAAGUCAAACAAAUACAGAACAGUUUCCCCUUGGGAUCAUGUAUUAAUCGAACAAACAUUGAUAACGAAGACUUUGUCGAUUUCUUUGUAAAGAAUUUCAAUUGGGCAGUGUUUGGCAAUGAGCUCAAGUGGUACUGGACAGAGCCACAGCAAGGAAAAUUUAACUACACUGAUGCUGAUGAGCUCUUGGAUUUGUGUGAGAAGAAUGGCAUAGAGGCUAGAGGCCACUGUAUCUUCUGGGCAGUCGAUAGCGUCGUCCAAUCCUGGAUUAAAUCUUUAAACAAGAAUGAUCUAAUGACAGCCAUUCAGAACCGUCUGAACGGUCUACUUACGAGGUACAAGGGAAAAUUCAGACACUAUGAUGUGAAUAAUGAGAUGCUUCAUGGUUCUUUCUAUCAAGAUAGGCUGGGAAAGGAUAUCAGAGCUUACAUGUUUAAGACUGCCAAUCAACUCGAUCCCUCUGCCACCCUCUUCGUGAAUGAUUACAAUGUGGAGCGUGGUAAUGAUACUAGAGCAUCUCCUGAGAUGUAUAUAGAGCAAAUCCUUGGUCUCCAGGACCAAGGUGCACCAGUUGGAGGAAUUGGACUACAGGGGCACAUAGAUUAUCCAGUUGGGCCAGUUGUAUGCUCUGCAUUGGAUAAGUUGGGGGUACUUGGUCUUCCAAUCUGGUUUACUGAAUUGGAUGUCUCAUCAGACAAUGAGUAUGUUCGAGCCGAUGACUUGGAGGUCAUGCUUCGGGAGGCCUAUGCACAUCCUGCAGUAGAAGGCAUCAUGCUGUGGGGGUUCUGGGAGCUGUUUAUGAGGAACAAUGGGCACUUGGUUAAUGCUGAAGGUGAUGUUAAUGAAGCUGGUAGAAGGUACCUGGCUUUGAAGCAAGAGUGGAUUUCUCAUUCUCAGGGUCACAUCGAUGGACAAGGAGAAUUCAAAUUCAGAGGCUUUCAUGGCACUUACACUGUUGAGAUCAUCACCUUAACAAAGAAGUUCUCUCAGACGUUCACCGUCGACAAAGGGGAUUCUUCUUUGGUGCUGAACAUUAACUUAUGAAAGGUUGCAUGACUACAAAGAAGUUUGACAGAAUAAGGAGCUGCAUCCUUAAUAUUGUUGUAUGCUCUAGUACAUGAGAUUAAAUAAGUUCUGUGGCCUAGCUUUUAAUAAUAAAAUUGUAAAACAAAGAAAAUAAAUGAAAAAGGGUAUAGUAUGGAGGAACUAUUUCAAUGUUAUAGUUUUAAAAUUAAUGACAAGAAAAAAUAAGAUUCUUAU